AUGCAGGAGGAGGACAGCACCCAGACAGGCUCACAGCGGGCCUUCAGCGUCCUGGAUCGCCUGCUGCUCACUCACCCUGUGUGGCUGCAGCUGUCGCUCAACCAAGACUCCGCCCUGUAUAUGCUGCUCAGAGAGCCUAUCGGGACCUUUCUGGUGCGCAAGUGCAGCUCCAGCCAGAGGAAGGUGCUGUGUUUGAGGGUGGCGGCCGACCGCAGUGCCUCGUCUGUUAAGGAGUGCUUCAUCUGUGAGGAGGAUUCCACAUUCGCCUUGGAGAGCUCAGCACUCAGCUUUCCGGACUUGUGUCGUUUGGUGGCCUUCUACUGUAUCAGCAGAGAUGUAUUGCCAUUUCCUCUUCAGCUACCUGAGGCCAUCGCCAAAGCCACAACACACCGGCAGCUGGAAGCCAUCUCACACAUGGGACAGGAUUUCUGGAGUGCACCAAGCGCUGUAGACAUCCAAAAUGGCCCUUUGGGGUCUGUUGCAUCCACCAGCGGCGCCAAUGCCCAAAUGGCGGGAACUCAAGACCGAUGUUCCCUGUUCACACGAAGCAAACAAGGCAAGGUCUGCUUCAUCAACCCCCUGUUUCUUCAGCUGGAGGUUUGCAAGCCGCAGCACACGAACCACAGCGCCUCCAACAAGCGGCACCGCUUCAAGCGCAGCAUGCGUCUCCGGCUCUCAGAGUCCUCCAUGAAUCUGUCCCUGGAAGGCGUCGGUUCCUACUCGCCGCCCCCAUCACUGGAGCAGCCCGGAGCAUCGGAGGGGCUGCAGAAAGCCAGCCCAAACCCACAGAGACGAGUUCAUGCAGGGGCUGGAGUCCUGAGGAGAACCCCUGCCGUGUCGCCUGGCUCAGCAGAGGAAGACGACAUGAUAGCCACAUAUGUGCCACAGACAUCUGCUGCUGCUGCUGCUGACGAGACUCCCAAGUUCCAGCAAGAGGCGGGGAUCGAGGGAACAGUUCUGGCCUUGGAGCGCCGUCCGGCUCCGUCCUUGGCUGAACUGGACAGCUGCAGCUCCUUCAGCAGCAUGGACGACGAACACGACUCAGAUUCAGAACCCGAAAGCAUGGCCCAGAUCCAGACAGACACCUUGCACCGCCCGCCGCUCGUCCGUUCGCGGGGCCGCGGCGGGAUGCAUCGCAUGAGCGAAGCCUUCGUGUGCUUCUUCGCGCCCGACAAGCGCCUGACCCGGCUGGUGGAGGAACUGGCCCGGGACAGGCGCUCGGUGUUUGGGGGCAUUGUUCAGGACUUCCUCCGGGAGCAGCGGAAGGUGCUGAAAACGCUGAGGUCCGCUUCGCCGCCUCUCGGCGUCACUUCGGUGCAGCUUCUGCAAGGUCUGCGCCUCUUCCUGUCGCAGGCAAAGUGUUGCUUGCUGGACAGCAGAGAACUCGAGCCUCCCAUUGAAACCCUGGUGCCAGAAAGCGAGAAAGACCUGGCGUUGGAGCGGGCCAUGUUCUCCUGCAUCCUCAGGCCGUUGAAGUGCCACCUCGAGAAAGCCCUGACCUCUUUCCACAGUCGCGACGGCUCCACCCAGCGCCUCACUCAGAACUUGCUACGCCUGAAAGGAAACGGCGCCAUGGAGCGGCUUGGCGUGCGCACAGGGGUCCCGGACGCCCGAGAGGUGGAGAGGGUGAAGCAGAAGCUGAUCCUGAUGCAGCGGACCCACUCGCCCAUCGAUAAAGUGCUCUUGCUGCUCCAAGUGUGCAAGUUCGUCCACAAGGCGAUGGGGACGUUACACGGACAGGAUGUCAGCUGGGAUGAUUUCCUCCCUGCUCUGUCCUAUGUGAUAGUUGAAUGUAACAGGCAUCACCUGCUGAUAGAGGUGGAGUACAUGAUGGAGCUGCUGGAGCCCUCAUGGCUCGGUGGAGAAGGUGGGUACUACCUGACCAGCGUCUAUGCUAGCCUGUGUCUGAUCCAGAGCCUGGAGCAGGAUCAACCGUUCUCCGGCUGCCUGACGCCACAAGUGCAGGAAGCUCUGAAGGAGUGGAGCUGCAGACGGACCCUGGAGGCCCAGAAACAAAAGGAAACCCAGCAGAGCCAAAGGUGCGUUCGGAUACUGUUCCAGGACGGGGAGCGGAGCGCCGUGCGGACGUUGCAGUGGAGAGCCGGCGAGACCAGCCAGGCCCUGGCGCAGCUGUGCGCCUCCACCUUCGGAGUGUCCGACCCGCAGCAAUACACACUGUUCUGGCGCAGCGGCGGCGAGAUGAGGGCCCUGCCGCCCCAGGCUCAGCCCCAGGACCUGGCCAGCCACAGCGAGGGGGGGCCCUCGCUCUCCUACCUGAGGACCGACCACGACUUCAGCAAAAUGCGGCGGCUCACCAGAGGAGGUGCCGUGGACCUGAGCGAGUCGGUGUGCGAGGAGUGAGUGGGAGGCACAGAGGAAGCAGCAGGAGGAGGAGGAGUGGGAGGGGGAGAUGGAUGGAUGGUUGGUGUUUUUCUCUGUCUCUUACUCUCUCUCUGUGUCUCCUCUCUCCCGCGGUGCGCUGUGCCUCGUCACGGGUCGGGACUCGUCGUGAAAAGCGACGGUCCUGAUCCUCCGUCCUGAUCCUGAACGGACCAGAGCAAAAAGCAGAGACAACUUGCUGAAAGUUGUGCCACGCAUUGAGGCUGCUUGUGUUAAAAGGAGUGUGCUAUUUUGUGACAAGGAAAAUGUGUAAUAAAUGGAUUUGAUUGUUUGUUUUUUUUUCUGCAACAUGAACCCAGAGUUGUACCAUGAAGGGAUUACAUCAUUAAGAGACGCCGAGGCUCGAAUCCAAAGAACACAAAUUCUGUGAGACUGCUGUUGCCUGGAAACAGAAAAACACUUCCUGUACGCACGUAGGGAGGCAAAUUGUCCACCGUGGUGAUGUAACCCUUUCACGUUGUAAGUCUGGGCUAAGUCUUAAAGACACUUGGAUGUAUUAUUGCUUCAGUUUCUGUGCAAAAAUCUGCAGAUGUUUCUCGGGUGGGGGAUGCGACCUUUUCUGUGGUUCCCUGAAAUAUGGCCUCACAAAAAAGUGAGACGUGCUACGGCCAAGACCGAACUGCAUUACCAAAGUGACAGAACAUGCAUCAUCAGUGUUUUUGAAAGAGAUGAGAUUUGAAAUCAGCUGUGUAGAAGAGUCUCCCACAGAGGUGGCUUUAUGCUUGUCUGUUGGAGCGAAGGCACAGACUCCCCUCCUUGUUUUCAGUUUCUCACAUGGGUUUUUUGCUGGUGGAAUAAAGAGAAAGUGGGAGGAAGGUGGCAGAAAAGCUUCAGUUUUUUUUUUUUUUUUUUUAAGAUCUUCUCCAUACUAACCUGGAUAUUUUUGCCAAACUAAUAUUUUGUCUUAUUCUUUUGCAUCUCUUCGCUAGGGAAAGGUAAUACGGACCUAAAAUUUUGUAACAAUUGCUUAAAUUUGCUGCAAUAAUGAUAAAAGUAGUUUAAAACCAUUUAAGCAUUCCUGACAGGCUUUUUGCCUAAUUCAGUUCACCAGUAGGUCGUAAGGCAGCAGUACAGUUAAAUACCACACAGUGCUCGUGUUCAAUAAUUUUUUUAUUUUAAUGUUUUGUCGUUUAUCGACACUCAUGCAACCAACCGUGAAAAGUAUGGUCUCGAAAAAGUUAUAAUCCGAAGCACACGUCUCUUUUUGAGGUAUGCCAACAUUGGCAUUCAUUGUUUCCACCUUAAAUCACAAUUCUUAACAUGAUAUAUUUUUCCCUUUGAUACCAAUAAAUAAAUACAACAGUCCUUUCUAGUCCCAUCAUAUUUUGGGAAAACAACAGAAUUUGAACGUGACUCAUUAAAGUGCUGAGUUUUAGAAACUAGUCUAUACUGGUGUUUGAAGCCCACUUUGCACACGUCCUUAUUUGGGUAUCUGUGCUUAAAACCAGUGGAAUAGUUUUUGAGAGAACCUUAAAGGCAAGAAUGUACUCUGCAAGAGAUUUGUUCUCUCUCCCACAGACAAAAAAGAUGACUUCUUUCUUUUUCGCUCAGUUUCUUCUUCUAGGCCGAACUUCUUGUCUCAUAUAAUGUCUGAUAGCAAUUGGUCAGAAAUUCAAAGUGGGUAUGGUUAAUUGGGAAAAGGACAAAUGUAAAUAUGUCUACUUCUCCCAAGUGUGGACUUCUGCAGUUGAAAUCUUUGGGGGAGAAUGAAACACAAGAAACAAAUAAAUAAUUUUACCCAAGAUGGCUGGA